UUUCAUUGCGUUACAAGUAGAAAUCAUUGCUGCUUUUUAAAUCUUGUAACAAUUACUAAAGAAUGAAUUUAUCAGUUUUUGCCGCCGUCUUGAUGGCUACCGUUUGUCAACAUAGCGUAAAGGCCAUGUCAAUUGAAACAAACAAUUUCCCAUCCGGUUAUCCUAACUACGGUUUUUAUGGGUCUCAGAGCCAGCUGAAAAACGCCGAGACCAUAACCGGAACUCCGUUCAACUUGCCCACUUAUUUGGGCAUAAACCAAGUGGCGACGUUACCUUAUUACGGUAGUGCCGUCGGUUACAGUGCGGGCGGUCAGCCCGCUUACAGUACCAUCGGUCGUCAUUGCGUUUGCAGCGGUUACGGUGCGAACGGCCAAUGUGGCUGCGUAACCACAGGGCUAGCGGCCAAGAAAAAAGAAUUGCUCAACAAGAUAUUAGCGAGAAGAUCACAAAAAAGUAACCGUAUUAAUGUAGUCGGUGGAUACCAGCAAGAGGUGCUACCGUAUUACCGUAUGUAUUGAUGCUAAACCAAGUUCGUGAAUUGGAUCCAAGAGUUGGAGUUUCUCAAUUGGACGUAUUUAUUCAGUUUAUUUUUUGUUAAAUUUUAGUAUUUAAAGUUUAAACCUAUUUGUAUUGUAUAGUUAUUAUUUUAAUUUUGCCGAUCUUCCCUAUCAAUUAAUUCUUGUAUGUGCCAAUAUACAACUUUGUCGACAGAUUAAUAUUAGUGUACACGCAAAAAAAUGUAUAGCUAGUACAUUAGUAUUAUACCUAAGUAAAUAGAAAUUAGUAGUAAUCGAUUGUUUACUAGUGUACUUUUUUUAAGCCUAACAUAAUAUGCAUGGUUGAAUUGCAAGCAAAUUUCUAGGACGUGGGUUAGUGUUAGGCUUUUUUAAGAGAGACGAUAUUCCUCAUUAAUUCGUAUUGAGAAUCUGAAGUAUACAAAAUAGUGGGGUAAACGUAAAAUCGGAUUGCCGCCUUCAGUAAGAUUCAUGGGCUUGUUGAACCGUGGUAUAGAAUCAAUGGGGUUAUUCACGUUUUCUAAAAAACGUUAACUUAAAUCAAACCACACGGGUGUUUGAAAUAAAUACACAUUUUAUUAUAUUGUGGUGCAAGUUUUUGUUUUAGGUAUUUCUAAAUGAAGUGGAGCUGUACAUAAGUAUUACGUAUAUAGUUAUAACACGUCCAAGACAAGUAAUAUUAAA